ACUGCGUCAUCGCUGCGUGCUCCGGAACCAGCGAGCCCCACUCGACAAGACGAGGGGUCAAUUUGUUCUUUAGCAGAGCAAGCGAUAUUAUUGCUCAUUUUAUCGCAAAAUAACCACAAAUAAAGCAGACAGCAGUGGUUUGGAUGUGUCUAUAAGGUGCUUUCUGUCUCUGAGGUCCAGCAGUGCAGCCAGUUGCCAUGGCGUCUCCAGGGGGACAAGGAGGAGGAGCUGUGUCAACGAGAGGAGGCAGCGGUGCCAGGAGGAUGAAGUGGGCUCUGGAGCUGAGCUUGGGCAACACCAGGCAUCAAGCUCAAGAAACCCGGUGCUGGCAGAGAGAACUCUCCAGGAGUCGCAGUGAUCGUCAGGGUGGCCAGGGGGACGUCGUUUACCCCAUCGGCUACUCUGAGAAACCCGUCCCCGACACCAGCAUCCAGGAGACGGACAAGAACCUGGUGGAGAAGCGUUGUUGGGACGUGGCUCUCGGGCCCCUGAAACAGAUCCCCAUGAACCUGUUCAUCAUGUACAUGUCAGGCAACACCAUCUCAAUCUUCCCCAUCAUGAUGGUCUGCAUGAUGGCCUGGAGGCCCAUACAGGCGCUCAUGUCCAUGUCUGCCACCUUCAAGCUGUUGGAGAGCUCCAGCCAGCAGUGGCUCCAGGGCCUCGUCUACCUGGUGGGUAACCUCCUGGGCUCAGCAUUGGCCAUCUACAAGUGUCAGUCGAUGGGACUGCUCCCAACACACUCGUCCGAUUGGCUGGCUUUCAUAGAACCGCCUCAGAGGAUGGAGAUCAUGGGUGGAGGGAUGGUGUUGUGAAGACGACGGAGCACGCACAUUGAAUAGAUUCAGAUAUUUACAGAGGUUAUAUACUGUACAGUCUCCUUCUGCUCAGAUUCACGACAGGUUACAACACGUUUGUUAAUAAAUCAGCGGCAGGAUGUGUGGCGCAGCUUUCUGCCACACACACUCUGUUUAACGUUUAAUUUCCCAUCCUGCUGCCUUGCUUCAUGGUUUCAACCUCUGUUGUUCAUUUUUCUUUUAAUAAAGGUUUAAAUGCCAGCAGAUCAUCA